CUAAUUUUUCAUCUCUUAACAAACUCCUAUGAAGUUGAAACCGGGAAGUUUGCUCUAACAUUUCAAGAGAAGGUAUUAAGUCAUGAUGCAGGAAUCUGCGACAGAGACAAUAAGCAACAGUUCAAUGAAUCAAAAUGGAAUGAGCACUCUAAGCAGCCAAUUAGAUGCUGGCAGCAGAGAUGGAAGAUCAAGUGGUGACACCAGCUCUGAAGUAAGCACAGUAGAACUGCUGCAUCUUCAACAACAGCAGGCUUUACAAGCAGCAAGACAACUUCUCUUACAACAGCAAACAAGUGGACUGAAAUCUCCUAAGAGCAGUGAUAAACAGAGACCACUACAGGAAUUGCUUCCAGAAACAAAAUUAUGUGUCUGUGGCCACUCUUCUGGUGAUGGGCAUCCUCACAACACAUUUGCAGUGCCUGUGUCAGUGGCCAUGAUGACUCCCCAGGUGAUCACCCCUCAGCAAAUGCAGCAGAUCCUUCAGCAGCAAGUCCUGUCUCCACAGCAGCUCCAAGCUCUCCUCCAGCAACAGCAAGCAGUCAUGCUGCAGCAGCAACAACUACAAGAGUUUUACAAGAAACAGCAAGAGCAGUUACAUCUUCAGCUUUUGCAGCAGCAGCAGCAGCAGCAGCAACAGCAGCAGCAGCAGCAGCAACAACAGCAGCAACAGCAGCAGCAGCAACAGCAGCAGCAGCAGCAGCAGCAGCAACAGCAGCAGCAGCAACAACAGCAGCCGCCGCCACCUCCGCACCCUGGAAAGCAAGCGAAAGAGCAGCAGCAGCAGCAUUUGGCAGCCCAGCAGCUAGUCGUCCAGCAGCAGCUUCUCCAGAUGCAGCAACUCCAGCAACAGCAGCAUCUGCUCAGCCUUCAGCGUCAGGGACUCAUCUCUCUCCCACCUGGUCAGGCGGCGGCACUUCCAGUCCAAUCACUUCCUCAAGCUGGCUUAAGUCCUGCUGAGAUUCAGCAGCUAUGGAAAGAAGUGACUGGAGUUCACAAUAUGGAAGACAAUGCCAUUAAACACGGAGGGCUAGACCUCACUACUAACAACUCCUCCUCGACUACCUCCUCCACCACUUCCAAAGCAUCACCACCAAUAACCCAUCAUUCCAUAGUGAAUGGACAGUCUUCAGUUCUAAAUGCUAGGCGAGACAGCUCGUCACAUGAGGAGACUGGGGCCUCUCACACUCUCUAUGGCCAUGGAGUUUGCAAAUGGCCAGGCUGUGAAAGCAUUUGUGAAGAUUUUGGACAAUUUUUAAAGCACCUUAACAAUGAGCAUGCAUUGGAUGACCGAAGCACUGCCCAGUGUCGAGUGCAAAUGCAAGUGGUACAACAAUUAGAAAUACAGCUUUCUAAAGAACGAGAACGUCUUCAAGCAAUGAUGACCCACUUGCACAUGCGACCCUCAGAGCCCAAACCAUCUCCCAAACCUCUAAAUCUGGUGUCUAGUGUCACCAUGUCGAAGAACAUGUUGGAGACAUCCCCACAGAGCUUACCUCAAACCCCUACCACACCAACGGCCCCAGUCACCCCGAUUACCCAGGGACCCUCAGUUAUCACCCCAGCCAGUGUACCUAAUGUGGGAGCCAUACGAAGGCGACAUUCAGACAAAUACAACAUUCCCAUGUCAUCAGAGAUUGCCCCAAACUAUGAAUUUUAUAAAAAUGCCGAUGUCAGACCUCCAUUUACUUAUGCAACUCUCAUAAGGCAGGCUAUCAUGGAGUCAUCUGACAGGCAGUUAACACUUAAUGAAAUUUACAGCUGGUUUACACGGACAUUUGCUUACUUCAGGCGUAAUGCAGCAACUUGGAAGAAUGCAGUACGUCAUAAUCUUAGCCUGCACAAGUGUUUUGUUCGAGUAGAAAAUGUUAAAGGAGCAGUCUGGACUGUGGAUGAAGUAGAAUACCAGAAAAGAAGGUCACAAAAGAUAACAGGAAGCCCAACCUUAGUAAAAAAUAUACCUACCAGUUUAGGCUAUGGAGCAGCUCUUAAUGCCAGUUUGCAGGCUGCCUUGGCAGAGAGCAGUUUACCUUUACUAAGUAAUCCCGGACUGAUCAAUAAUGCUUCUAGUGGCCUUCUGCAGGCUGUCCAUGAAGACCUCAAUGGUUCCCUGGAACACAUCGAGAGCAAUGGGAAUAGCAGUCCAGGCUGCUCACCUCAGCCGCACAUACACUCGAUCCAUGUCAAGGAAGAGCCAGUGAUUGCAGAGGAUGAAGACUGCCCAAUGUCCUUAGUGACAACAGCUAAUCACAGUCCAGAAUUAGAAGAUGACAGAGAGAUUGAAGAAGAGCCUUUAUCUGAAGAUCUGGAAUGAGAACUGACUUGUGAAACCUCAGUGAAGGGACAUAUCACUGACCUUCAUAACCACUCCACAACCAUGAAAAUUUGACAAAUUUUUACUGUGACUAUUUAUUAAGCAUGGGAAAAGGAGACAGCCCUAAAGGAACUUAUUAAGCCAGCCCUUUGGGAUUCAGUACCAACAGGCAAAUUGCUUGUUUUCUUCUCUUACAUUUUUUUUUAGGAAAAAAAAAGACAAAAACUGAUUUUAUUGAAAAAAAAAAACUGUUCUUUCUAUUAUGGCUUUGCCCAUUUUAAAAAAUGUGGCUCUUAAAGGUUCAUGAA